ACGAAACGCACGAACGAGAAAUCCGUCGAAGAUGUUUGAGAUUGGCUAUCAGCUUCAUUAUCUGCUCCAUUCUCACCGUGUUGGCGUGAGUCUACCAUCAGUUGACAGCCUCGACCAUGGAUGAAGGCAAGGAGUCACUCAAGGAGGACAUCCAAAACGGUGAGGGUGCCAACAAGGGGACAAGAGGAGCCACGGACGGCUGCUUGUAUUCCUCCGCACCAUCUCUGUGUGUUGUUGUCAGCAUCGAGUGUGGAUGACCUGCUGAGGGCCUUGCAGUCCUGGGGCCCUCAGCAAGCGAUAGAUGAGGUACGGCAGACGCCCCUCGCGCACACAACGGACCAAGAGAUGACUGACACACCAGUGCAGGCAGAUCACCCACAAGAUGCGUCUCUCUCUCUCUCUCUCUGUGUGUGUGUCUGUCUGUCUGUGUCUGUAUCAGAGUCUUCAGCCAGCAGCGUUGCUGCUCGACGAGCUGGGCAUCGACCGCCACGAGCAGUACAAGGACGUUUUCCAGCGGCUGCAGCAGGAGUUUGCCCAGCGGUCGCACCGCAUGACCACAUCCAGAGACCGAACCCAGCAGUCCGAGCGGUUCCUCAGGCAGCCCUUCCCGUCAUCCAGCAGCAGCCGGGAGAUCUCCACGUCUGCACCAGUGGACCGCUUCGCGAUGGACAGGGGGCAAAAGGAUGGCGUGGCGCUAACGGCGGCCUGGCCGGCGCGACAAAGCGAAGAGAAUGACGCCAAGUGGGAGCGAGGGGUCGGGUGUGUUGUGUGUGGUCUCUCCCCCCCACGCAUGAGUAGUGUGUUAUGUCACACAGGAUGUUGGCGGUGCUUCGUGAGUCACUGCCGUUCAUCGGCGACCAUCACCUGAAGAGCGUGCCGCUCAAGCUGUUAGAGGCCCUACCGGUGCUGCCCCCUGACGUCUUGGAGGGAUGUGCAGACAGACUUAGGGAAGCCAACAACAAGGUAAACAAGUGGUUGUAAGCGGACACACCUGCUUGCAAUCGACCUACCUGCUGUGUGUGUCCAAUCGCGAUUCUUUCGUCAGGCUGUGUUUCCGACGUCGGUGACGCGCCAGGUGUGGGCGUCGUGUCCUGAGCUGUUUGAGAGUGCUCUGGGGCCACGGGUGGAGAAGCUCAUCAAACACCUCCACGAGGACGCCGCCUCCUCGCCAAUCGACCGAUCGCAAGACCGCACCGCAUGGUAUGGUCAGCCGAAUCAGACAGAUCACACACAUAGGGGACGGGAGAGAAGGGAAGGGAAGGAAAGGCUUGCUGUUGUCAUGCUCCCUGUGGUGGUGUGGUUGGUUCAGGCGCAAGUCACUUCCGGAGCUGAAAGAGAUUGUUGAGAUGAUCGGCGAGUAAGACCACACACACAUACCGUUUUUUGCACGCACUGCUGUGGUCCGUGGUGUGUGUGUGUCUGGUCAGCCGGGUUGAGUUGUAUGACAUGUGUGUCGCGAUGCUGCUCCGCAGCUUCUGCCACUCAGCCACGCGCCAGCCAACCAGCGCCUCUGAGCCGCACAAGCACCACCACCAUCGUCACCACCACGGCCACCAUCACCACCACCACCACCACGCAUCAUCAUCAUCGCACAAGAGGAAAGAGCGGCACAGCGGCAAGCACCUCUCCCCGCCACUGCCGCCAUUCCCCCAGCUCAAGUCGAGCGGCGACAAUGAUGACGUCGUCAUGAUGGACGGGCGGUCGCCGAGGUCCCGCAAGCGGAAGGCGCCGUCAUCGCACCAGCCCUUUGUGUCGAGCGCGUUCUCGAGGCCGGAGCCAUACCUCAGGUUGGCGGAUGAUGGAGGAUGGUAUGGUAAAGCGGGGGAGGGAUGUCUGUCUGUGUGGUGUCUGUCGGUGUGUGGCAUUUAUUUCAAUGUGCAGCACUGUUAGGAAUCUUCUGGUGUUGGCUCUCCACGAUGCCCACGCUCACAAGAGGGGAACGGCGUCACUCGAUCUGCAGGGUGAGGAUGCACCACACCACACCACACCACACCACACCACACACUUGUACUUGAGGCAUCUUGUCUUUCUGCUGCAAUGUCCAUCCAUCUAUCCAUCCGUCCAUCCAGCUGCCGAGCCUCUGUUCGACCUCAUAUGGCAGCUUGAAGCAAUUAGGUAGGCGUGAAGACUGGCACGCAGCCGAGCGUGCCUCACCUGCCCAAUUUUUCGUUGGCUGGCUUUGGCUCAGGAAUCGCACCUUGACGGCCAAGGGAGAGGGAGGGCUGCAACACUGCCUGGCAAACACCAAAACAGAGGUGGGAGCUGACCUGCACUGCAGCAUGGAAUGGAAGACACUUACUUGUGUGUGAGUGAGUGCAAUCCAAUCCAAUCGCCCGCCCGUACAUGUCUGUCAUGUGUUCAGGAUCCGACGGUGGUGUUUGACGUGAGUUUCAUCCUUGCUGACCCGCACCAGCUUAUCAGCCUCAUCAACGAACUCGAGAGGGACGGAGCAUGGGAGAUGCAAUCACUCGCGGUGAGAGGAGAAAGGCAGAGAAUACAGCAUGACCCCGCAAAGCCAAUGGGUGGUGUCUCGUCUGAUGGGGUGUGCAGGAUUCAUCUUCCAAGGAAGGGGCGCACUCCAAGUCCGUUAUCCUACAGCUGUUCGCGCUUGGUAGGCAGGGCAGGCAUCGACGACCCCACACACACAGACACCACAUCUGUAUUGUAUGUAUGGUCAUGUGACGUCAUGUCCGUCUGCUGCCUGUCUGUCUGUCUGUCUCUCUGUCUCUCUGUGUACACACAGGUUUGAUGUGCGUGCCGAUCUACCACAAGAAUCAGUCUGAGAUCACCUCUUCCCUUCGCCCCCACCAGCACCGGCCCAAGCCCGUCGUCCGGUCGGCCAAAGACGUCUGGGCCGGCAACCACAGCCACGCCAGCCACACCAGCCACGGCAGCCACCCCACGUCACCCCGGAAGCGAGAAAGACGGCACGCUGUGAGUCUGCUGCAGUGCGUGAGCUACCCCAUGGAGGACAUACCCAUGUACGUCGCCCCGCCUCCCGCCACCACCACCAGGCGGGCCAGGGGCGACACGCGCACUGAUACCGACGUCGUCCUUGGGGCAGAUACCGACGUCGGCAUGGGCCGGGCGGGGAGGAGGGGCUUGGGGGCCGGCACUGGGUCGCCCUCCUCGCCUGCACCACCCCCGCCCCUGUACAUGGAUGAGGACGACGAGGCGACCCUAGAGGAGUGGCUGCCGCUGUUGGACCGCACGGCGAUCGUCAAGCCGCUUUCCAAGUACCGCCGCUUCAUGCAGCUGCUGGCGCAGAGCCGCAGGAAGACAGCAGCAGCAGCAGCAGCUGCAGCACAGCAGCAGCAGCACCCGCCAUCGGCGAGCAGCACGUCGUUGUCCCAUCCGACUGACGUCCACUCGCCAUUCACGAAAGUGACGAGCCCGAUGUCGGCAAUGCCGGCUCGUGUGCGGCCGUCCUUCCCUCCUCCCCUUCUACCGCCACUAGCGCCGGCAGCCGCCCCUCCGGCAGCCGACAAAGACACCGAGAGGCAGGACACACAGCACGCAGGAGGCCAGCUUAAGGCCGCCACAGCCACAUCAUCGGCUGUGCGGCCGUCUCUGUCUGCGGCUCUCAACGAGUUCGUCGAGGCGAUCCGUCAGGGCAGCCGUGAGGCGAGCAUGAUGGCGACGGCCGAGGACGAGCUAGACGACGACGAGUCGUGUGUGGCUUUGGUGUACAGCCGUCGGGUGCUUCACCGGCUGCUGUCGUCCCUGGUGCUGGUGCGGGGCGUGCAGCAGGCAAGGUGGCUGCGGGAGGUGGGGGAGGUCCUCAUCCAGAGCUUCCAACACGAGGCACUCACCCAGGAGGGGCUCCCCGAGGGGUGGACGAGCCUGUUCGUCAUGGAGUGCAUCCAAUUCGCCGUCACACAAAUGAUCCAGGUAGGGUACGCCCGACCCGAUACCCAAGGGUGCGACAAAUGACCCGGGUGGGUGCACUCUGUUGGUUGUUGCGUUCAUUUAGGUGUCGGCACCCCCGAGUGGCCGCUCCGGUUUGGGGCUGCGACUGUCGACUUCGCUGUGGACGCUGCUGCACGACAAGCUCAUGCUGCCCCUCGCCGCACAGUGGCGAUCCUUCAGGACCAUCAGACAUAUGAGCAAGGUCAGUCAGUGAGUGGGUAGGCGGACGGGUGCAAUGCAAUGCAACAGCAGAGACCCGGCGCCUCUACCGUGCGUGUGCCUUUACCUAACCCCCCUCCAUAUAUCAGGCAAUGGUCCGUGUCCUGUUCACCGCCAAGCAGCGGGCCCUUCAACCCACACCCGCACCCCCACAGCCACCCCCACAGCAGCAGCGCCGCUCGCCCACUGCAGAGGUCGGAGCCGAUAGCGAUGCGGCCCCUACGAGCUCAUCGCCACGGCAAGGCAGCACGCCCGACGAGAGGAGGGAGAGGGCGGACCGCGAGGUGGGCGAGUGGCUGGACACCCUUGCCAAGACGGCUGCGUCACUGUGGUUCGCCAAGAAGCCCAAGGAGAGCACCAAGAUGCCGCGAGACGCCGAGGACAUCUGCAAGGUGGUGGGUGAGGUGUGGACGGCCAGCCAACACGCCACCUUUAGGGGUGAGGUGGUGCAGAGGUUUUCAGUGCUGAUUCAACAGACCAAGGGCGGCGGGGCCGUGGAAGGACAGUGAGUGAGCAGACAGACAGACGUUGUCCAGAUGAAUCUGAUGCAUGGGCGUGGCCCGUGGGGUUGGGCGGGGCGGAUGUAUGCAGCUGACUGACUGGCCAUCUCUCUCGUCUCUGUCUGUCUGUCUGUCUGUGUAUGCCGUUACCACAUCCAUCUCAUCUCGGCGUUGGCCUGCCUCCGUGCCUGCCUGCGUGCGUGUCGCGGCGUGGAGUCAAGUCAUGGACUGGACGGACAAACAGAUUCAUGUGUGCUCCCGACCAGCAAACAUACAUGUAUGUAUGUACGUCGGUGUCUCAACCAACAGCUACAUUCGAUGCAGUCAGUCAUCCGCCCUUCUCAC